CCUUUCUAUAAAAAAGCUUCUAAAACUCGGCAUUUCAUUUAAACCAUUAACUUCUUCUCUUCUCUGCUCCCUAUUUUAACCCGCGCAAUGGAAGUUCGCCGGCGACUCCUCCCCCGACCCUCCGCCGUCGAACCCCUCAAACACAAACACAAAGACGACCCACACCCACACCCACAGUCCUACUCCUACAUCACCAACGCCCUCUUCUUCACCCUCUUCUUCUCCGUCGCCUACUUCCUCCUCCACCGAUGGCGGGAGAAGAUCCGCACCUCCACCCCCCUCCACGUCCUCACGCUCUCCGAGAUCCUCGCCGUCCUCUCCCUCGUCGCCUCCGUCGUCUACCUCAUGGCCUUCUUCGGCAUUACCUUCAUCCUCCACUCCCGCCCCUCCCCCGACGACGACCUCGAAAUCCUCCCACCUCCCUGCUCCCCCCUCCUCCCUCCGCCGCCGCCGCUCCCCCACCACGACCAAGACAUCGUCCGAGCCGUCGUCUCCGGCUCCAUCCCCUCCUACUCCCUCGAGUCCCGCCUCGCCGACUGCCGCCGCGCCGCCACCAUUCGCCGCGCCGCCGUGGAGCACGUGGCCGGACGGUCGCUCGACGGCCUCCCCCUGGAAGGGUUCGACUACGAGUCCAUCCUGGGACAGUGCUGCGAGAUGCCGAUCGGCUUCGUUCAGAUCCCGGUGGGCGUGGCCGGUCCUUUGCUCCUCGACGGUAAGGAGUACACCGUUCCCAUGGCCACCACCGAGGGAUGCCUCGUCGCCAGCACCAACCGUGGCUGCAAGGCCAUUCACGCUUCCGGUGGCGCCUCCUCCGUGGUCCUCCGCGAUGCCAUGACCAGAGCCCCUGUGGUUAGAUUCUCCUCCGCCAAACGCGCCUCUGAGCUUAAAUUCUACUUGGAAGACCCUCACAAUUUCGAUUCCCUCUCUGUCGCUUUCAACAAGUCAAGCAGAUUUGCGAAACUGCAAGACAUCAAGUGUGCAAUAGUAGGAAAGAAUUUGUACAUUAGAUUGAGUUGCAGCACGGGGGAUGCCAUGGGGAUGAACAUGGUUUCCAAAGGAGUUCAAAACGUACUCGCUUUUCUUCACACUGAUUUUCCUGACAUGGAUGUUAUUGGAAUAUCUGGGAAUUUCUGUUCGGAUAAGAAAGCCGCGGCGGUCAACUGGAUCGAGGGCCGAGGGAAGUCGGUGGUGUGCGAGGCUGUGAUUAAGGAAGAGGUGCUCAACAAAGUGCUCAAGAGUAGCGUGGAGGCUUUAGUGGAGCUUAACAUGUUGAAAAAUCUUGCUGGUUCCGCCGCCGCGGGUGCUCUCGGUGGCUUCAACGCUCAUGCUAGUAACAUCGUUACUGCUAUCUACAUAGCCACUGGACAGGAUCCAGCUCAGAAUGUCGAGAGUUCACACUGUAUAACUAUGAUGGAACCUGUCAACCAUGGAAAGGACCUGCACGUCUCUGUCACCAUGCCUUCGCUUGAGGUGGGUACAGUUGGAGGGGGCACACAAUUGGCAUCUCAAUCAGCUUGUCUGAAUUUACUUGGGGUUAAGGGUGCAAGCAAAGAGUCCCCAGGUGCAAAUUCUAGGUUACUGGCAACCAUAGUAGCUGGUUCAGUCCUUGCUGGGGAACUCUCACUCAUGUCGGCAAUUGCAUCUGGACAGCUUGUUAAUAGCCACAUGAAAUACAACAGAUCUACCAAGGAUAUCACCAAAAUUGUAUCUUGAUUGGGACAAGGCCAAAUAGUAAAAGGAAAGGAUUCGUCGAUGCAUAUGUAUACGUUAUUAUUAGCUAAAGAACGUCAAGUAAUUGGAGUUGGUGGGGAGAUAGCCUGCAAUUAGAAUUCAUACGAUGAUUUUAUGUUUCUCGUGUGUAUAGGACAUGAAUAAGAAGUAGUUUUUUUUAUUUUUUAUUAUCAUAUGUGUAUGGGAUGUGGCAUUUUAGUUUUUUUUUUGUUUUUCUUUUUUUAUCUAGUUUCGUUGUAUUCUCUCCUCCUUUUUAAGUUGUAAUCGCAAGAAGAAGCCAGACAUCUCAUUUCAUGGGUGAUUUCCAAAAAUGGUAGUAAGAAUAAUUCUUGCAUAUCCAA